AUGGCUCGACGUAAUGUUUCGAGUGUAACAAUGGAAGGUAUUACUAGUGGGGUCGUCAACAUAUGUCAUAAAGAGCUUGUUCCAAUUUCCCUCAACAAUUCAGUAUUCUUCUGGAAGCUCGCAAGGCCGAGAAAUAAAAAUGAUCCCAUAUUUGGCUAUUAUAAUGCCCCCUAUUACUCCGUACAAUUAGCUUUCAUCAUAUUUGUCAUUCACAUUCUUUCACACAUUCUCAAAUCAUUGCACCUCCCUCGUUUCUCCUUGGAAUUGCUGGCUGGAAUUUUGGCUGGUCAGGGGUUGAGAUUAUGGCUUCCAGUUUUCACUGUUCCUCUUAAUAGCAUAAAGGGGCUAGAUACAUUGGGAAACGUGAGCCUCGUGUGCUAUGCAUUCCUUAUGGGAUUAGAGGUUGACCUGUCUACAUUGCGACAUAUUGGACAACAGGCAUUAUACACAGGUUUAUCUGGGAUGGUACUUCCUCUCUUCAUAGGGUUCAUCCAAUUCUUUAUAUUGGCUGCUAACUCAUGGUAUCCAAAUUUUUUCUCCUCAAAGUUUUGGGAGAACCUGGCUCCAGUUAAGCUAACCGGAGCCAUCUUCUGGCCUGUUACUCUCACUGUCACCAGCUUUUCCGAUCUUGCCAGGAUACUCUCUGACACUAAACUACUCCACACAGGCAUUGGAAAACUAGCCUUGUCAUCUUCUAUUGUUAGCGAGCUUACGACGUGGAUUCUUCUCAUCAUUGCCCUAAUGUUGAAUAGUGACACAUUGAACCCUUUGUACCUCCUCCCAAUAAUCACCUUUUUAAUCGCUUCUUGGUUCUUCAUACGCCCCGCGGUUACUUGGGUCCUUCGAUAUGCAGAAAAAACAGAUAACACAUCACUUCUUAACUUUUUAAUAUGGAGUGGAAUCACAAUCUCAUCGAUCAUCACUGACGCUUGUGGUGCCAACUUUAUUAUUGGUCCCUUCGUGUUUGGUCUCAUUAUCCCCAACGAGAAUGUGGCAACACUGAUCAUGGAGAAGUUUGAAGACUAUGUUAGAGGGAUUUUCAUCCCUAUAUUUUUCAUGCAUAAUGGUAUCCGAACAGACUUAAGUUCACUCCUAAAUCCUGUCUACAACACACAUCUCUAUACCAUUUUCCUUCUCAUAGUCAUAGCCUGGUUGGCUAAAUUUGCUAGUACUUUUAUUUUCUCCAAACUCGCGAGGAAGACCACUGGUGAAGCCUUCACACUUGGUGUUCUCAUGAACACAAAAGGAGUUCUAGCUUUAAUAGUCAUCAACAGCGGCAGAAACAACCAGGGCUUCAACACACUAAUGUUUGUGGUGCUAAUACUUUCAGUAUUAGUGAUGUCCAUAACUGUAAUACCUUUUACUAGAGCAGCAAACAAGUCCAAGAAGAGAUCUAACAAAAUCAAUCGCAGAACAAUGGAGAGCAAUAAGUUGGACUCUGAGCUUAGAGUACUUACAUGCAUUCAUUCGACACGUAAUUUGUCAGGCAUGAUCAACCUCUUAGAGCACUCAAAUGCCAACAAGAAAUACCCAAUCUCUGUUUUCGCCCUCAAUUUAGUCCAGCUCACUGAUAGACGUGCCACAACAAUGUUGAUUGUCCAUGAUCAUAACAACAAAAACAACUUCCAUAACACUUUUGAAGGAUCAGGACAAAAGUUAAGUUAUCAAGAUGAAGCUUCAAAGACAAUCCUCAAAACAUUCGAGAGUCUUGAGAAUCGAGGUUCCUCGGUGUCUACUCAAACACUCACUGUUGUGUCCCCAUAUACAACGAUGCAUGAUGACAUUAACUGCCUAGGGGAGGACAAGCAGGUGACACUCAUCUUGAUCCCUUUUCAUAAGCAAGCUGAUGUCUAUAGGAGGUUGCAGGAUGGGAACUUAAAUUGGAGGACUGUCAAUAAGAAUCUUAUGGCCACAAGUACUUGCUCCGUAGGAAUAAUUGUGGAUCGUGGGCUUGGCUAUAAAGAAAAUACAACAACUCAACCACAAGUUUCGUUUGUUGUUAUCUUUAUAGGAGGGGCAGAUGAUCGAGAGGCCCUUGCUCUCGGGUGGAGGAUGGCUAAAUCACCUAAUGUCAAUCUCACCAUCCUUCGACUCAUCCCCACCAAUGAUCUUAAUUACCAUAAUGAAAUUGAUUGUGAAUACAAAGAAGAAAGAGCUUUAGACGAAGGAGAAGGUGAAGGAGCCACGAGGAUGAGAAAGAAAGAUGAAACUGAAGUAGACAACAAGUAUGUGAACGAGUUUAGGUUUAGGACGAUGCACGAUAAAAACAUAAAGUACAUUGAGAAGGAAGUGAAGACAGGGGAAGAGGUGAUCAGGAUUAUUGGGCGAGUGGUGCCAUCUUGUGAUCUCUACAUAUUGGGGCAGCGUAAAACUGUGGCAUCCUCUAUGAUGAUGGGGCUAUUAGAAUGGAUGGAGUUUGAUGAGUUGGGUGUCUUGGGAGACACGCUACUAUCUUCUGAUUUUGCAGAGCAUUCCUCUCUCCUUAUUAUAAAGCAACAUUACAUGUCUGGGAUGCCACGACAAAAAUAA